GCGGCAAUGUAGGCAAGAUUAUGAAGAACGUGGGAAUCCUUCCGGGUGGUGUGCAUUGCAUCUCCAAGGCAACCGAAUCAAGACAACAGAAGCAACAGACAAUUUUUUCCUUCCGUGAGCUUUGCUCAUUCUUUUAUUUGCAGGACAACACGAAAGGAUGUCGGAAAAGCAGAAAAUCUCUAAAGUUGGUGUUUUCUCAAAAGCCACCACAGAUCUCUCAACUCUCUCCACAUUGUCGCGUUUUAGUGAUUUCCAGGAACCUACAACGCAUCUUGUGAGCUCCGAUGAAGUUACUCUCCCAGAAUUUGAGCGUCUCAAAGUUGUUGGAAGAGGAUCUUUUGGUAUUGCUGUGCUCUACCGUAGACGCUCAGAUGCCUCCUUGGUGGUACUUAAGCAGGUGAAAUUGAAUGAACUCAGUACUGAGGAACGUGCAAUGGCCAUGAAUGAAGUUGAGGUCUUUUCGAAGCUUCAUCAUCCCAACAUAAUCAGCUACCUGGGGAACUUCCUUCGUGGUGAUCUCCUUCUCAUUGAGAUGGAAUACGCCGAAGGGGGUACGCUGGCGCAGGUAAUUGCCGCCCGGGCACCCAUGGAUCGUCUCCCAGAGCGUCAAAUACUCACAAUUAUUGAGCAAAUUACCAGCGCUGUUGCCUACUUACACGCCCAAGCGAUCCUCCAUCGAGACCUCAAGACAGCCAAUGUUUUCCUAAGUCGUCGCGGUGUAGCCAAAAUCGGGGACUUUGGAAUCUCCAAAAUUAUGCACUCAAAAGUGGAUACACGAACAAUCCUCGGUACUCCCUACUACUUCAGCCCAGAAAUGUGCGAAGGGCGUGAUUAUGAUGCAAAGAGCGACAUCUGGGCACUGGGAUGCAUCCUCGGGGAGAUGUGUUGCCUCAAGAAAGCCUUCUCGGCAUCCAAUCUGUCGCAGCUUGUUGCAAAAAUCAUGUCAGCUCAGUACCUUCCUCCUCCCGCCGGGUACUCAGCCUGCCUCCGGAAUCUCCUCAAAAUCCUCCUUCAAGUUAAUCCCGUAGAUCGUCCGUGUGCAUCGGAAGUACUUCAGUAUUGGAUUCCACUCGUCUAUAGGAAUCUCGGACCACAGAAGGGUUACACGUAUCCACGGCAGAUGGAAGAAGAGGCUGCAGCAGCUCUGGAACAGCUUACCCUUAAGCAGUACACAGAGGAAUCCACAGCUGCUCUCCCGGAACCCCUUAGUGAACGUUCUGUCCUGUAUCAGUUGCAUUCCUUUGGACCCGGAGUAUCCAUGAGGGCACUACCUUUACCGGCAAAAGCCCGAAUUACACGAGUAGCCACCAAUGGGGCACAUUUUAUUGCUGUAACAGCCGAAGGGAUAGUCUACGCAUGGGGUGAUGACGCAAAAGGGCAAUUAGGACUUGGAGCUGGCAAUGCUAGAGCAGCAGAUGUCACCUGGAAGCACUACCCGAGCAAAGUUGAAAGUCUCAAGGACUACACGGUGAUUGGAGCAAGCUGCGGAGAUCAGUUCACAAUCUUCUGGACCAAUACCGGUCUCGUCCUGAGCUGUGGCGACAACUCCCGCGGUGCCCUUGGUCACGGAGACACCAUUAAUCGCUCCCAUCCAUGCGUAGUGGAACACUUGAGAAACUUCAAAGUAAUCCACGUUGCAUGUGGCUCCAAUCACGUUGCAGCUCUCACCUCAACUGGAACCAUCUUUGUCUGGGGCUACAGCCGUACAGGAGCUCUGGGAUUGGGUAGCAGCACCACCUUUGUGGCUACACCAACACCAAUACCCUCAGUCGGGGAUACGAGAGUCUCAGCAAUUUAUGCCGGAAAUAACUGCACUGUUGCUCUUACAGACUCCGGAGAUGUCUGGGCAACAGGGGCAAACACAAAGAAUCGCCUUGGCUUUGGAAAGGGGGUCAGUAGAUGUGCUAAAUUGCGCAAAAUUACGCAAAUUGUGAAAAAAGUCACGGAUUUAUCUGUUUCUGAGGAACAUUCUGCCUUCAUCCUAGAAGGAGGCUACGUUAUCACACUGGGAGACAAUUUCUACGGACAACGCGGAUUGGGGCACAACAAAUGCGCCCCGGAAGCUGCAAAUCUCGUUACGGGAAUUAAAAGUAAAUUCAUUGUGCGCAUUCGAUGCACUUCCACGGGUUCCGUGGUCUUUUCCGACGAUAAUGUCGUCAGUUUCUGGGGUACACGCUUUGGGGUUCCCACGGAAAACUUUCCGGAAACCUUAACAAAUACCUCUGAUAGCCAUUUGGGCGGUAAUACAGCGGCUUUCACGAAUUUUCUCGUUGCUGUCUACAAAUCUGAAUUAAUUCUCGAUCCCAUUGAUAUUUUAGCCCUGUACUCCUCACCUGAUCAACUGGCACGGGGGCAUUACGUUAAAAUUGGUGACAUCAUCCCUCUUCAGCAUAGCACCCUAAUCCUCGUUCAUACAACAAAUCCCCUCAUUUCCUCACCAUAA